AUGCUUCUUUGCUCAACCAUGAACACUCUCAAGUUCUUAGUUUCCAUUCUUCCGGUCGCCCUGGCGGCUGACCUUUUCGUCGCGACCGACGGAUCUAGCAGCGGUAGCGGCUCUAUUGACUCUCCCUACUUGUCAAUGCAAGACGCCAUCGAUGCUGCCAGCCCUGGAGACACCAUUCAUAUCCGUGGCGGUACCUACAAGCCUUCUGAUAACAUCUCUUUCCGCAAAAGCGGCACUUCGAGCUCCCCUUAUACCGUUCGAGCGCACGAGGAUGAGGAAGUCAUUUUUGAUGGUGACAACCUCUUUGGAACUCCCGUAGAAGAAUAUGAGGGAUCUUUGCCCAGCUCUAAGCGGGGAAUCUUCCAGCUCCGUGGCGCCAACUAUUGGCGCUUCUUCAAUUUGACAUUCACCAAAGGUCCUUACGGUGUCUACGUCGAGGAUUCGUCAAACAACUACUUUGAGCGAAUCACAACCCACACCAACUACGAGUCCGGUUUUCACCUCCAGAAUGACAUCUCCAACACCGAGAUUGUGUUCCUUGACUCCUACUUCAACUUUGACCCUCGAAAGAAUGGAAAGAGCGCCGACGGAAUCUCGCUGAAGGAGGGUUCUGGUGAUGGCAAUGUCAUCCGUGGCGCUCGUAUCUGGCACAACUCGGAUGACGGCAUCGAUCUUUGGCAAUUUGGCUCCCCCGUAACCAUUCUAGACUGCCUUGUAUUUGAGAAUGGCUUCGACCGUUGGGACAUGGGCUCUGAUCACGAAGCCGAUGGCAACGGUGUCAAACUUGGAGGCGGCAGCUCCGCAUCGGACCGUACGGCUGUCAACCACGUUGUCAAGAACACGAUUUCCUUCGGCAACAAGCGACGUGGAUUCACGGAUAACAACAUGCCGGGCGACAUGACCUUUGAGCGCAACACAGCUUACAAAAAUGGCGAGGAGGGUUUCAACACGCGAUCUUCAGUUGCGACGUACACCGAGAACAUUGCUGCUGAGAAUGCCGGCACCACAGACACUGAUGAGCAGUACUACUUUGUCGAUGGUGUCAAGUCAACUGGCAACUCCUGGGAUGGUGGAGACUCUUGGUCUGAUGCUAGUUUUGUUAGCGUUGAUACUAAGGCCGUCACUGGUCCCCGGGCGGCUGAUGGUCGUCUUCCUGCAAACGACUUCCUCGUCCCCACCAACAACGAGCAGAUUGGUGCACGUACGGCUGAUUGGGCCGAAGGGCAAUUUGCGUUGCUCGGUAGCGGUACCGAGACAAACAGGGCUGAGAUUGAGUCUUCAUGCAAGCGCAAGCUGAGACGUAGAAUGCGGGCUUAA